UUAGUGUGCACAGUGUGAUCAUAUUGAGGAUGAAGGCUAUGACUGCUCUUUCUGGAAUUAUAUUUAUUACUGGUCCAUUCUUUCUGUGUGUGGAUUGCUAUCCCUUUCUUUCAGGUUCCAGGAUAAUUUCUAAGAAUGACUUGGAUUUCAAACGCUUCAGAUUCACUACAAGGGAAAACAAUGCGGUAUUCCUAUUCAACAAUGACACAGAUUCUAUAUAUGUAGGCACUGUGAACAAGCUGCAUGUUUUCAACUUUGAAGAGCCGGACAAGAAUUACACGGUUACAUUCCCACCAACUUCUCAGUCCGCCUGCAGUGGAUCUGGAAAGCUGCCAUCUCUAUGUGAAAAUUUUAUCACAGUUCUUCAUAAAUAUGAAGGGAAGAAUUUUAUUUGUGGAACAAAUGCAUACUCUCCGAAAUGCUGGUACUGGACAAAUGAAUCGAAAAAGGAAGUUCUGCACAAUAAUGAAAAAGUAGGAUAUGGCUUGUCUCCAUUUUAUCCAACUAAAAAUCUUUUAUCAACUGUUAUUGAUGGUGAUAUCUACUCCACUGCUUCAACAUUUUUUAAAAAUGGAUUUGAACGGUUUCGCAGAGCUUUUGGCAAAAGAGAGCAACUUUAUACAAAUUCAGAUGAAAAGUGGAUGGCCAAACCUACAUAUAUAGCAGCAAGCCUGAUCAAACAAGAGUCUCAGAAUAAUGUGGAUAAUGACAAAAUCUACAUAUUUUUUAGAGAAAAUAAGAAACUUGAAAGCCAUGAUUCUGACUGUGAGAUUUCACGGGUUGCUCAAGUGUGCAAGAAUGAUCAGGGUUCAAAUUCAGAAAACAAACAGUGGACAACAUUUCUGAAAGCAAAAUUGGCAUGCAGUGAUGAGUCAAGACAUUUAUAUUUCAGUCGCCUCCAAGAUGUCUUCAUUCUACAUGACCCAAAGAACUGGAGAAUGUCAAAAGUUUAUGGUAUUUUCUCUAGUCCUUAUAAUGUAACAGCAGUGUGCGUGUACUUCUUGAAGGAUAUAGAUCAAGUGUUUAUAAAAUCAACUUUCAAAGAUUAUAAUGGUGACAUUCCCAAUCCAAGGCCUGGCACUUGCCUUGAUGACAGCAAGAAAGUGGCCACAAUUACUAUCAACUUACUAACAUCCAACCCAGAGAUGAAUGACACAGUUCAUCCCAUUGGACAGAAACCUUUGUUUAUUAGCCAUCACAGAUACCAUAAGAUUGCAGUGGACAUAGUCACUCCGACUGAUCACAAUGCCCACACAGUUCUGGUUUUGGCUACAGAAAAAGGAACGAUCCAUAAGAUCAUAGAGACCAAAACAUCUGUGUCUAAUAUAUUGGAAAUCAAUGCACUUCAUCUACAGGCACCCGUCCAUUAUAUGAAGCUAGAUUCUGACAAGAGAAAGCUGUACCUUGGAACAUCCAGUGAGAUUAUCCAGAUACCUCUAGAUACUUGUGACAUAUAUGGUGGAACCUGUGGAAACUGUAUCUUAGCCAGGGACCCUUACUGUUUAUGGACCGAAAAUAAAUGUGUUUCAUCUACAAGAAGUGGCCUUCAAGAUGUAGAAAGUGGAAAUGCCUCAAAGCUUUGUGAAGAGAUUGUCAAACUACAGGCUAGAAGCAGUGAGGAACUCGAGUCUAAGAAGACAAAAUAUGAAGGCACUGUUCUGCAACUUCACACAAAACAAGCUUACUUUUCCUGCCCCACAUCAUCCCUUACAGCAGUGUAUUGGUGGCAGCAUGAACACUUGGGCAAUUUCAGCUGUGUGCCAAGUAAUAAUAAAUGUCUGCAUCUUAUAGAAAGUAUGACAGAAAACCGUUAUGGCACUUACAAGUGCAUGUCAACAGAACGAGGUUAUACUCAGACUCUUGCUGUUUAUCAUGUGGUACAAAGUAAGGGGAAUGGCCUACUUGUUUCGGGGCAAACUGGCACAAUAUUUAGUGUGUUACUAUCUGUAGCUGCUUUCUUACUGGUCCUAACUAAUCAUCCCAUUGGGGAAGACCCUAGCCGCAACCAAACCUUAAAUUCAAUUGCCAUUUGUAUUUUAUUUGCACAGCAGGGAACUUUCUGGAACACAAACACCUAGUAAGAUAUUUGCAGACUUAUUUCCAAAGCUGUUAAAAGUUCUCUGUUCAUCCAGUGAUGUUGAAUAUGUUUGUAUGUAAGGGAUGAAUCAUACAACUACUCAUAUGCUUCCUUCCUACAGCUUGACAUGGGUGUGAAAGCAAAACUACAGCAGCCUGUUUGCAGUUUUGAUGUGAAUCUUCUUUUUUAGCAGGUGAGUAUUGGAUGUCAGGACUGCCGUGUCAAGUGCUUUCUCACGUUUCUGAAUUUCUUCUACCAUCAGUGACUCUAUCUUGAAUAAACUUGUAUGUUUGGAGGCUAUUAACACCGGCUGACUCUUUCACUUUUCAAGCCAUACAUGCAUCCAUUCUUUUUCUAAUUACCUAUUUUGUCAUGAUCAUGGUAUUAG